AUGGAGGUGCUGGGGCGUACAGGAUGUGGCGUGAUGUCACUUGCGGCAUCAGCGACGGCGCCGACUGCCUUCGCCACAGUCGACAGCACCGGCACCGUCACGCUGUGGGACACGCGGCUGAGGCGAAAAGACUACGCGACCGUGGCGGUCACCGCGCAGGGGGAUGGCGCAGAGGCGACAGAGCUGCUUCUCGCAUCAGACCUGCACCUGGCCGCCGUGCUGUCCGACAAGGUUGUCACCACGUACGACCUUCGCCAACUCGCGAAGGUGCAGUGUUACGAGCACCCCUGCGAAGCCGUUACGUUCCUGAGUGGUGCACACCCAUCUGGCACCACAUCGACGCUUUUUGCGGAUGAGGACGGCGCCGUUGUCCCGUUCGACCUGAAGUUGUGUGCGCCAACAAACCACCUGUCGCAACGAUACUUUGCUGUGGAGGCGGAGCUUCCAGUGCCGUCAUUUGGCUCACUGCCCAACUACUGCUGCGGCCUUGGACUGCUGCAAGACGGGGAUGACGGCCGGCGGCUGUGCGCCGUUGGCAUGGACGGCCACGGCGCACUCUACGCGGACCCGCUGCGUCCACCUGAGCGCUUCUGCGUGAUGGACGACUUGGUGUCGACGGGUGGGCAGGUGGUGAACCCGCCGCUGCCAACUGCGUGCGGUUUCUUCGAGAACCUUGUCGCCAUCGGGAGGGCGAAUGGCAUGUAUUCCAUUGCCGCAGUGGAUGAUGCUGACGGCGUUUUUGAGGUACUCGCCGCACCAGGCCACGCGUCGAACGGCCUCUGCGUCGUGACGUGGACAGAUGACCACCGUCUGGUGACCUGUUCUGUCUGCGGCGAGGUGUCCGUGUGGGAUGUGUUGCCGCUGCUGCAGCAGCAGCCGCCAGAGGAGGGGGCGGAGGACGGCGAUGUGCCGCCGCUUGACGUGGCGUGUAGCGUGCGUGAGGCCACCGGACAUCAGUCUGUUGUGAAUUGCGGGUCUGUGCUGGGCUGCGGUGUGUGCGUCGUGGGCGACACGCUGGGGUUUGUCACGUCCUGUUCACUGGGGCGGGCGUGA